AUGAUGGCACACCACCCAAGCUCGAGCUUCCCAGAGUAUUUCAGGAAACUGUCGACUGCAUACUCAAGGCAGACUGGCGACUCUACAUUCAACCUGAUAUACUCGUUCUUGCAGCAUCUUCCAGCAGACGUAACCUUGAACGAGCAGUCAAUCAUACACGACAAUGCUGCAGGACCGGGUACAGCCACUAUUGCUGCCAUGUCGAUCCUCAAACAAGAGCCAGCCAAAAUUGUAGUGACAGACUGUACUCCAGGCAUGAUCGACAACAUCCAAUCAAAAAUUGACCAAGAGCAAUGGCGAAACAUCACAGCCUCUGUUAUGGACUCUCAUGAACUCGCGUUGCCAGAUAAUACUUUCACACUCACUAUCUGCAACAUCAGUACGUCGACCUUCAAAGACCCAUUGAAAUGUAUGCAGGAGACACUUCGCACUUUGCGACCAGGCGGAGUCUGUAUCAACUCGCAGUGGAAGCGUUUUACCGUAAAAGACAUCAUCCAGAAGGCUCAAACCAGCAUCCGACCAGACUCCAGGCUGUUCAAUAUGCCGCGAGCGGAGUUUUUGGAUGAUGGAGUGCUGAGAGAUAUGAUGUUGGAAGCAGGCUUUGACAAGGCCGACCAAUAUGUGGAGACGACCAUCAUCACUGACGAAGCGAUUGAGGGCCUUCGCGAGUUCAUGUGUGGCAAUUUCACAACAUCUGCGAGAAGCGGUUGGACAGAAGAAGAGGUGGCCAAGUGGCCUGCCGCUAUCGAUGCCGCCAUUGAAGAGGAAAAAGCAAACUAUGAUGGCAUCAAAAUGGAGGCUUGGAUGGUAGUGGCGAGAAAGGCAGAUUGCUGA